GGACAUAAUAGGGCAGGUGGCAGCCAUUUUUGUAUGGCAAACUUCCAACACUCCGUUUUUCGGAACAAAUGUUUACACUGUUUUACAUAUGUUAAAAAUUUGAAUUGUAAAUAUAAUGUGUGAUAGUUAUAUAGUAGUUAUAGACAGAAAUUUGCUGGAAAUAAAAAAUACGAUAAAGUGACAUUUUAUGAAGUAAUAAAUAACAAUUGUUUGGAAUGUUUACGGCCUACCUCAAAACGCAACCCUUUGAGAGAACUUUUGUUGUGACUAUAUUUUAAGAGUGAAAUUAUCAUAAAAUUGAACUCGAGGAUAUUAAAUAAUUACGUGAUAUUUAAUUAAAAGUUUUUUUCUGUGAGAAUUUUUUUUCCAAUAAAAAUUUCUAUUUGUACCAAUAGAUUCUUUUUCGCCUUUCGAUAUGAAGAUGUUUUACUUGAAAAUCUCGUCUGUGUUUCAUAUCACUUUGAUCAUAUUAUAAUUGACAGGGAGGCUGCUAAUUAUCAGUGAAAUUUGAUAAGUGAAACAGGUUUUAAAAAAUGGCUGCUACAUUUGAUCAGUAUGAUAAAUCUAGUUGGUAUUUUGGAGCAAUGUCGAGACAAGAUGCCUCGGAUUUGCUAAUGAAUGAAAAAGAAGGUGGUGUUUUUCUAGUUCGAGACAGUAAAUCCAUACAUGGUGAUUUCGUACUUUGUGUUAAGGAGGACAGCAAAGUUAGUCAUUACAUCAUAAAUAAAAUGCAACAAGGCGAUCAAAUUCGAUAUCGAAUAGGUGAACAAAUAUUUCCCGAUAUUCCCACUCUAUUAGCGUUUUAUAAACUUCAUUACCUUGACACAACACCACUUAUUAGGCCAGCACUCAAAAAAUUACACAGGGUAAUUGCAAAAUAUGAUUUCGAAGGAAACGAUCCUGAUGAUUUGCCAUUUAGAAAAGGAGAUAUUUUGACGAUAAUAUCAAAAGACGAGGAACAAUGGUGGACAGCAAGAAACAGUCUCGGACAAUCGGGAUCAGUACCAGUUCCCUACGUUCAAAAAUACGACGAGGAUGGACACGUUGAAAGUAAACGACCCGAAAGUGGAGGAAGCUCAGGUUCUAGUUCAAAUUUAGGUCUAUCAACAACACAGGCUUCACAUCCAGAAUUCUCAGUAACACCAACAAAUCGACGUGCAAAUAUUCAGCGAACAUUGCCUGCAUUCGCAAAAGUAAAACAAGCACGUGAGCCAAAUGCCUACGAUAAAACGGCUUUGAAACUUGAAAUUGGCGAUAUAAUAAAAGUAACAAAAACAAAUAUUAACGGUCAAUGGGAGGGUGAAUUGCAUGGGAAAGUUGGUCACUUUCCUUUCACGCAUGUGGAAUUUGUUGACAACGAUCCCAACGAAGAGGCGCAGCAGGAGAUUUAACAAAACUCAUUCUAAAAAAAAUAUACUCGCAAUUAUAUUUUAUUGAAUUUUAAAACGUCUCUAGCGAACGUUAUAGUUUUUCUCCUCUGGCCAAGUAUUUAUAAAACGUAACUUUUUGCUAAACAAAAAAUUAUUGAAAGAUAUCGAAAAGACUAAAAAGAAAAAUGUGUGUGUGAUGGAAAUGUUCAUUAGUCAGUAUAAUUUUACCAGCACACAUAUUGAAACGUAAGGGCAUAUUUGUGAUUAACAACUAUAUAGGUAAUCGUAUUGUGUGGUACGAACUUUAUUUUGCUAAAUUUUUGAGCCUUAAAUAUUGACAUAAUUGUCAAUUUUUUAAUUAAACACACCCAGCCUAAAGAGUGAUUUUAAACGCUUCCCCCAGAGAUCAAUUUUUAGAUCUUCCAAAAGAAAAAAAAAACAAGCGAGCACAAUAUUAGAAUUAGAGAAACUUUCAUAUCAAUAAAUGUGCGCAAUUUUAUUUAAGUGAUGAAAUUUAUUAAAGAAAUAACUGGCAGUUAUAUUGGGCAGCAGAGAAUUUUUAGUUAUAAUUAAUUGUAUAAAGAAUAUUGAAGUGAAGGUGCCAUUAUUGUACAUUUUGUUAAUGUCAAGAAUUAUUAUCUUGAAAGCCAAAUCACCAAAUAAUAAAAAGAGUUAGAGGAAAGUAUAAAAAAAAGAAAAAAGUAUUUUCUUUUUUUUUUUUAAACUUAUCUCAUUUAUAAUUUAAUGCAUAACUGUACAUUAAUUUAACUUGGAAGAUUUUUAAAGAAUUAUUUGACCACAGUUGUACGAUACACAUCUGUAGUUUGCAUUUCUUUGUAUUCGAUAAAAUAUAUAAAUAUAUAUUUUUAGUCUAGGAAUUUUAAUUGUAUGUGUGAUGUAUACAUGAAAAAAAGAUAAACAAUUGUAUGAUCAUUAGGACAAUGUAUAUUUUUCUAAGCAUGGAUUUUCUUUUUUAUAACAAAUCAAUUUUAUUAAUGAAUGAUCAAUCUUUAAUUAAGCUCCGUUACUCCAAAAAAAUCGUUUUAUAAUAAAUGAUAAUAAUUACAAUGUAACGGAAUUCGUCGUAUAUAAUAAUAAAAAUUUACAGUAAUAUGUAAACAGCAGUAUUCCGCGCUAAGAAUUGAACUUUCCAUAAUUUCAAAAUUCAAAUAUGCAAUAUUCUUAUUAUUAAAAGCGAACCUUUUUGUAAAAAAAAAAGAAGAAGAAAAUAAAACAACCAUUAAAAACUA